AGAUCUCUAUAAUUAGGGAAGUUUCUGGUCAAUAAUUGGAAGGCAACUGUUGUUCAAAAUGAUUUAAAUGAACUAAAUUGAUUUUUUAAUGGAUUGAAGGCUCGAUUGCCCGUCCACAUUUUGCAAUAUAUUGCCUUUCAAAUUAGCAAAGAUGUUUUAUUCACUAAACCCAUCUCGACUACAUCCUAUCCUUGCCGUCUCCCUUGUUUUAUUAUUUGCUCUUGGGCGCUCUGAAGAAAACCCUGAAACUGUCUCAAGGCCUGUUGCGGACGGCAAAAGUUUGACGAGAUAUCAGAACAAUGCGAACUCUUUGCCGCCGCUCAAGCGCCGACCUAUUGCACUGGGUGCCCCUGUGGCGCCUGGCAACGUAUCCAGUCUACCUAAGCGACGCCGGGCCCUAACUAGCCCCAACGGCAACCCUCUUUUGGGGCACCAGAGAACCCGACGCAUGAGCACCCGACACCUCCUGGCAUCCCAUCGAUCUGGGAACUUCUGCCCCUACUCUGUUGUGAAGACCGUGUCAUGCCUCGUUCCAAACGGAACAGAAACUUACCAAACUCGCGUGGCGGUCGGGGGAACUUUUCAAACCAUGACAAUGGAGCGGCCUCGCCUUGUGACAUCGUACAAGGAAGUUAAAGAAACUAACUACGCUUGCUGCCCCGGCUUCUAUGGGGACAACUGUGACACAACUUGCUUCAAUUGCACACAAAUUGCUGCCCUGGAGAGCCGCCUGCGUCUGCUGGAGGCUCGCGUGCUACGCUCCCGAGCGCUCGCUGCCGCCGAUGACGCUAACAACGAAGUCCUUUUCGACGAUGACGAUGACGCUUUACAAGACUUCAAGCCCAUUAAAAUGGGGCGUCCUGACGUGUCGCACGUAAAUGGGCACCCAUUAAACGGCCACAGCGGUGUUCUUGGGGCCCGUGGAACUGUUUUUCGCAAUCGUAACGGGAGGCCUCACGGCCUACGGCCAAACAGCACUAGGCGGCGAAGACCUCCUGGAACGAACCCAGUGUAUGGUUUUGGUGCCAACGGUGACGGAACUAACACCGAGUUCGCGGGUCCAAGUCCGCGCCCGGAGUUUGGCCCCUCUCGCUGCGUGUGCCCACCGGGCCCCCCUGGCCCUCCCGGGCCACCGGGACGGGAUGGUCGGGACGGCGGGUCCACUGAGGGCUCGGGAGAUGUUCCUCAACCUCGCUACAUCGUCGGCCCGCCUGGCAUUCCCGGUAUAAUGGGUCCGGCGGGCCCGCCUGGCGAGCCCGGGCCUCGUGGUCCCGCGGGGCCCAGCGGACGCGACGGUGUCCCUGGCAUCAAUGGUGCCACCGGGCCAGUGGGCCCGAGAGGGGAAAGGGGACUCGAUGGCUCUCCGGGCUCGCCUGGGCCACCGGGUCCAGCUGGGCCAGCUGGGUCUGGAAUUCCGGGACGACCAGGCUUUCCUGGAGAGAAAGGGGAGCCUGGGGUGCCGGGGCUCAGUGGUCCCCCUGGUGAUCGUGGCCUCCCUGGGGCCAUCGGUCCUGUAGGACCGCGAGGUCUUAAAGGGGACCGUGGUCCAGUGGGACCACCGGGGACCGGCGGCAGAUAUCGACCAAACCAACUAGAAACCUUGGACCUCAGCAGCUCGGCGACCGGGACGAGUUUGCAAGAUGUUGGCUUACCGCGACAUUUAGCCAGGGGCCCACCCGGCCCCCCUGGCCCCCCGGGACCCAAAGGCGAGCCUGGCUUCGGAAGCAGCGUUACUGACGUGAACUUGUUCGGAGGCGACCUUCGCUCGGCAAUGACGAAUCUUUUCAGCGCCGUCGCAGCGCUCAGGGAGAACUUGAACUUCCUCGAUGACAGAGUGGCGCGCCUCGAGAGAGAACUGCCCCGACUUCGAGAACUAUCCAACCAAGGUGAUCUUCGAUCUAUUGCAUCUGCUUAUCCUAGCGGAUUCGAUGCUGUGACAGAUGGAAUAUCAUCAUCCACCGAUGGACUGAAUGGUUUUGUGGAAGAGGUUACGAAUGUCAUCCAGUCUUUACCAACCGAUUCGCAUUCGAGUAGCGGUGGACAUCAUCUUGGCGGUAGCGGUGGACAUCAUCUUGGCGGUAGCGGUGGACAUCAUCUUGGCGGUAGCGGUGGACAUCAUCUUGGCGGUAGCGGUAGGUGGUCUGGGCAGAAAGACCGACCACGAGGCGGAGUAGAUGGAGUUCAUCAAGCAGAAACUGACAACGCUGGAAGUGGCUCGGAGCUGGAAGACGAUUUCCUUCCAGAAGACUCUAGGACACGAGGAAGACCGUACGGAAGCUCCGCUCCCAGUGAAGAGGGCAGUGGUGAGGGAAAUGAGUACGGUUAUGGUUUAUCAUUGCCUGAAAAGAGAGGUGAUGGUCAAACUAGCAGCGCUAGUGAACAUCAACAAGGUCUAGGUGGUCUAGAUAGUCAAAGUCAGUAUGAGGCAGCAUUCGGAGCCGAUGACCGUAGAAUUGACUCUGGGGAUGGCGAUGGCUUUGGAGGCGUAGAGGCUGAAACGUAUGCAGUUUCUAGACAAAACUACGACGAAAGGUAUAGGGGAAAUCAUCCUGUUGACGGUACUUCUGAAGUAACGAAUGAACAAGAGGGUCAGCAGCCUAAUAGUGAAUAUGACUUACAUGGAGGUAGUGAGAACUUUGAUCGUCCGGAACAAGGAAGGCCAUAUGACCGACGAGGUACGAUUACAAGCACAACGAGCGGAACAUCUGUUACUGGGUCUGGUGGAGGGGGAGGUGUCCUAGCGGGUGAUCGAACGCGCCCUCAUGGACAAUCCGGAUCACAUGGAAGACCUCACUAUCGCGGAGAUGAUAAAACAUCUCCAGCUACUAGUAGAUAUGACUCGCCGACGCCUUCCCAAAGUGCAUCAAAGACGGGGAGUGAAGGAACCUCUUACGGUGUUUACUCACAAUCUGGAGGGGAACGUGGUCCUCAACUCGGUGUUACUGAACGUGACCAGUCGCUCACUACUCAGCCCAGAAGCUAUACGCCAGAUAUCUAUGGGCAAACCGAUCCAAACCGGUUGGGAAGUAGCUUCAAUCCCUACAUUCGUGAAGGCCAAACCCCUGUCCAGAAUGGAGGAAGUGCAAGCACACGCUUUACAGAGGAUGACGCAAGUCCUAGCAGGUUGAACAACCAAGGCUUCGGAGAUGACUCGGAUUUUGAUGAAGUUGGUAGUGGUGAUGGUUCUGGUGCUGGACUUCCAUUUGAGGCUGAUUCAUUCCUACCUCCUGUGGAUGAUACAUCAAAAAGCCGAGUGGGAUCAUCAUUGAAUGGAUUUGUUAUUGCUAAUAGUUCCAGUGCAUCGGAUAAUGAUCCUACUCAGUACGAGUACUAUUAUGAAGCCGGUGACGUAGAUGAUGGAGGGGAAGACUACUCCUACGCUUACGACUACAAUGAGGAAGGACGCCGUCUCAGACGGCAUCAUGGUUCCAAAAAUUUCCAUAAUGCAACACGUGGCAACUAUUCCACAGUCUUAGUUCCGAAUGUCAAUUCAUCGACCCCACCCUUGACAAAUGGUGCAACUGGAGAUCGCGGCGAUCAAAGCAUCGAAUCAGUUAAGUUCGCAGUAACCAAGCGACCGAAUUUCAAUUCAAUAAUCUCCAAUGAAAUACUCCAGCCAACCGAUAUCACCACUGACAUAUCGCCUACCCUCGGCAUUGCCCACGGGAAGAUCCAUCGUCGACGAUCACACAACGAACAGCGAAUUCGUCCUGGCCCUCCGCUACUGCCUGGCCGUACAACCGAGCAAAACUUUCGACCUUACAACCGAACAAAUUCUCUGCAGGUCAACAGAUUGAGAUCUAAUUCGAGUUACGGCUUCCCUCAACUUCAGACUUUGAAACGGCUAGCCAACAAAUGGAAAACGAAGCGAAGACAACUUCAGAGGUUCAGAAGAAACGCCGUUGAAGAAUUAACGUGGAUUUAGGUAGGUGGUGUUACACUCAAUUUUAUUUUAUUUAAUGAGAAAUGUUCAUGAGCGUGAAUUACGCGUAUUCUGAGAUCAAUCGACAAGAUGGUGCUAACAAUUCAAUAUUUUAAGCUAGUGACAGGAUAUUGACAGGACAUACUCACAUACAUAGCAUGCCCCGGAGAGUAGGCGCAGUUAACAAAAUCUUCUCAUAAACGUGUUACGUCUAAACCCUUUCAGGAAAUUACUAGUUCUCAUUGUUAAAAAAGUAUUGCUUCUUUUUUUUUAAUGAAGGUUGCAAUGCGUUGGGCAUUAGUGCGCUAUGUUUUGUAUACUUAGUUUUAUUUCUCUUCUUCUGUGCCCAUAUGGCAGGAUAUACAACUAAUAACUGUGAGAAAUUCCCGGUUUUUCGUAGGGUUCUCAGCUACUCGUAUCUUUAAUCUUUUCAUGUAAAACUACGAAUAUCAAGUAAAAUAUUUGUUACCCACACAUUCUUUCAAGGCUGCAGCUCUUUUUUACUCAACAUUUUUAAUUUUGGUCAUGCCCGUGAUAGUUUCGGUUCUACUGUGAAAUUGAUUCUCAAUAAUUAAUUGUUCACACAGUGUAAAAAUUUCCUAUCCAAUAUCUCAAAUCGAUGUUGAUCAGAAGCGAAACGCUGUAUGAACCUCAUGCGGCUGUAGUAUCAUCGCUAACUAAUUUGUGUAGACAUUAUUUCUCAUCGUGAACUAUUCGGAAUCAACAGAGAAAUGAAACUCGGCGGAAACAGAUUUGUUUUAUAUAUGUUUCUUAAAGACCAACACUUCAUAACCUUUUUUAACAUGGAAAUAAACAGACGGAGACAUUG